UAAAUCAAAUGGAUGGAUUCGAUCGGCUUGGCAAGGUGAAAAUGAUCAUGGCAACAAAUCGACCAGACACUCUAGAUCCCGCCUUGUUACGUCCAGGAAGACUCGAUCGAAAAAUUGAAAUUUCUUUGCCAAACGAGCAAGCUCGAAUGGACAUUUUGAAAAUUCAUGCUGGCCCCAUAACUAAGCAUGGAGAAAUAGAUUAUGAGGCUGUCGUAAAGCUGUCGGACGGUUUUAAUGGCGCAGAUCUUCGAAACGUUUGCACCGAAUCGGGAAUGUUCGCCAUCCGUGAUGAGCGGGAUUUUGUAGUUCAAGAAGAUUUCAUGAAAGCAGUACGAAAGGUGUCCGACAACAAGAAGUUGGAGACUAAGCUUGACUACAAACCUGUGUAGGACACGGCUUUUGCAAUAAUUUUUCUCGAAUGGAAGCCAAAAUCUCUUGGAUGGCAACAUACAACGUUUACAUUCAAAUUGCUAUUGUUUUAUUCAUAUUAUGGUAGAACUAUAUUCUUCGUUAUUGAAAAAUAGAUUUUUUGUUGAUUGCAAAAA